GCUAUUAUGAAGGCCCAAUAUACUCCUUAGAUUAUAUUAAAAAACCCUAAAAUUUUGAUGGAAACAUGUUUUCUCUUUCUUCCUGCUGCUGCUGCCUCCUCUUAUUCUCUUAAUACGCAGAAUAUUAUCCUCUCAUUUUUGCCUUCCAUCUUCUCUCCCUUUCUUUAUUAUUUCUUUGUUAUGCAUCAAAUUGUUAAUAAAUAUUUAUUUGAAAGGUAAUCAGAAAUAUAUUUUAUCCUUUGUAGCUUCUCAACGAUCCACACCAUGCCUCUGCUCUGUUUCUUUUUUUUUUUUUUUUUUGGUAUACUAUGCUCUGUUUCUUUCUAUUUCUUCCUUCUUCUUCUUCGUUUUUUUUUUUUUUUAAAUUAUAAAACGGCGUCGUUUUGUGACUUAGGUAAAGGAAAAAAAAAAACAUUCAAACCGCCGGUUUUCCAAAACCGCCGGUUCACCGGUUUUGACCGAUUUUGACCGGUUUUUCCGGUUUUGACCGGUUCAAUAACAUACACGGUCCAACAUUCAGACCAGACCGGUGACCCCUCCGGUUCGCGGUUCAACCGGUUCAACCGGCCGGUCCGGUCCGGUUUUUAAAACACUGGCUUCAACUACUCUCACCUACUUUCUCCCUAUCUUUCGUCUCUUUCCCUUUUCCACUUUUACCUUUACCUUCAACAACAACAACAACAAGAACAAAACCAAACAUUCAAAAAAUGGGAUUCUACACAACAAUAACCGACGAAAUAACAUUCUACACAGGUCUUUCUCCAACAGCUUUCUUCACAAUCGCAUUCUUAACUCUCAUCGUUUACCGAACUGUUAGUUCCAUGUUUGUUUCCCCUGAAGAUUUCAAUAAACCACCGGUUGUUUCGGCUCGGUUUGGUUCUGGUUCCGGGUUUGAUAUAGCUGAACCGCCAAAAAAACCGGUUCAGGUUGGUGAAAUUACGGAAAAGGAGUUAAGGUUGUAUAAUGGGUCUAAUUCAAGUAAACCUAUCUUGAUUUCUGUUAAAGGACAGAUCUAUGAUGUAUCUGAGGGCAGGAAUUUUUAUGGUCCAGGAGGAUCGUAUACAAUGUUUGCUGGAAAGGAAUGUAGCCGAGCCCUUGCUCUUCUGUCUUUUAAACCUCAAGAUAUUAACGGGAACCUCGAAGGUUUGGACGAGUCAGAGCUCGCAAUUUUAGAGGAUUGGGAAUAUAAAUUCAUAGACAAGUAUCCAAAAGUUGGCCAGCUUGUUCCGGAACAAAGAACUCAGCAAAUUGAGCAUAGUCAAGAAGACAAUUUUGAAUCUGAACAAUGAACGACACGAGUAAGCCGAAUAGAAAGCUGUUGUGUUGUUGUAUAGUAGAUAUGGUUGUGUUGUGUAAUUCUCUCAUGUUAAAAUUUCACAUGACAUGUUAAAAUUUUGUAUAUAUCUAUUUCUUCAUAAAAUAUGUAUAAAACCUUACCCUAUUGAGUAGUUA